CAAACCGUCUGUUUCUUCUCUGGCUGCAAGGAAUGAACCAUAUCCAGCCCAUACAACACCCACGCGCUGACCAGAAUGGCGAUCAAUCUCAUUAGAGUGCUGACCUGGUUCCUGGUCGGAGCUGUCUUCGCUUCACCAUUGGUGAAACGUAAAAAAACUGAGGGACUGAGCGAAAAGCUCAAAGGCACCGACUUCUCUCGCCUUGAGCCUAUUGAUCCUUAUAGGGACGAUCCUAGGUUUCCUCUUAAACCUAGUCUGUUUGCAGCUCCAGUGACCAGAAACAGCUCCCUUGUGGCUAGGCCCAUCAUAGGAAAGAGACCAGACACCGAAGAGAACGAGCCAAGGUAUAGCCAGAUUCGCCAGUCUGGCAACAAGACCGAACAUGACUAUAAGCCCCCAAAACCUGACGGCCACAUGGAUGUCUCGCUCGACAGGAUGGAAGAUCCUGAGGAUGAGAAGGCUUUGAUCGAGGCGCUUCUUAAAAUUCUCAACGAGCCCCUGGAAGAAAUUGAGAAAGAAAAUCCCACCGGUCAUACUCAAAUUAUCGAAAACCCCCGGAUGGUGCCAUACAUGUGGCGUGACUCCGUCAAGCUACACACGGAAGAAGAUAAAGACGAGGACAAGGAACACAAGGAGGAUGACAGCGACUAUGACAGCGACGACGAGGAAGAUGUAAAGAAGAAGGAUGAGAAGGUAUUCAGAAUGAUUCAGAAGCGAGACGACGAGAAGGAGGAGAAGCCAUAUUUAUGGCCAGAACACAACAGACCAAAGGCCUCCAAAGAUGGAAAGUUCAAAUACUUGUACUCCAGCGAGGGAAAGCAAUAUGCUGUUGCAACUCCCCAACAUCUUGCCAACGAGCCUACAGACUAAUCGCCAUGAGAAGGCCCAGCAAGAGAGGGAGCAGAAAGUGGACAUUCUUCAACAUGAGCUUCAGAAGGAAAUGGACGCGAAACUACAGCAGGUGCAUAGUAUAUUGAAGCACGAGAAUGAGAUGAAGUUCAAUGCGUCAAAGCCCGAAAAGGACGAAUGAAUUGCUGGACUCUAGUUGUUCUAGUCAACUAACUAUGGGUUGGGAGUUAGCACGGCGAACAUACCCGUAUUUUAUUGAUAUGGGAGCUUGUUUGCGUUGAUUUCUUUCUUAGUUCAGUUUCUCAUAUUCUCAACAGAAUACAGGAGAGAUUUUACCAAAAC